UUCAUGGGUAGCGUAUUUACAAAGGAGCCUCCUCCGCCAGCCCGUGCCACCGCUGCUAAUGAGAGCAGUCAUUAAGUAAAUGAGACGUCGCCUUUAGCUGGCUUAGGAGUUCGCACACUAAGGGGAGAAGAUAUUUAAUUGAAACCCGCACGCAGGCUUCCCCACAUGUGACCGCUGUACGGGAGGCAGCUGCCUUCCCUCUCCUCCCCCAGUCCACCCUGCACCCCCCAUGUAAAUUUCAUGAUUGCUUUCCGUGAUGUCAUUUUGAAAGAGGACAGACAAUAGCUGUGGGGAAAGAAAAUGAGUUCCGGGGUGAGCUGCUAAAUCAGAGGUGGACACACGGAGGCAAGGCCAGCAGCUGCAGGACCGCAAGACACCUUCUGGGCAGACACUGCAAGAUGAGCUUAGAAAAUGAAGACAAGCGAGCUCGCACCCGAUCCAAGGCCCUGCGAGGACCCCCAGAGACCACAGCUGCAGACCUCAGCUGCCCCACCCCAGGAUGCACGGGCUCAGGGCACGUCCGGGGCAAGUACUCCAGGCACCGAAGUUUACAGAGCUGCCCCCUGGCCAAGAAGAGGAAGCUGGAGGGCGCUGAGGCUGAGCACCUGGUGUCCAAGAGGAAGUCGCACCCCCUGAAGCUGGCUCUGGACGAGGGCUAUGGUGUGGACAGCGACGGCAGUGAGGACACCGAGGUGAAGGACGCCUCUGUUUCGGAUGAAUCGGAAGGAACUCUGGAGGGGGCCGAGGCUGAGACAUCAGGACAGGACGAGAUUCAUCGCCCCGAGACAGCUGAAGGAAGGAGCCCCGUCAAGUCCCAUUUUGGAUCCAACCCCAUCGGCAGCCCCACUGGCUCCUCCAAGGGCAGCUAUAGCAGCUACCAGGGAAUCAUCGCAACUUCUCUCCUGAACUUGGGUCAAAUUGCUGAAGAGACCCUGGUGGAAGAGGACUUGGGCCAGGCAGCCAAGCCAGGUCCUGGCAUUGUGCACCUGCUUCAGGAGGCCACAGAGGGAGCUGCCAGUGAGGAGGGUGAAAAGAGCCUCUUCAUCCAGCCAGAGGAUGCCGAGGAGGUCGUCGAAGUCACCACUGAGCGCUCCCAGGACCUGUGUCCCCAGUCCCUGGAGGAUGCAGCCAGUGAGGAGUCCAGCAAGCAGAAAGGCAUCCUGAGUCACGAAGAGGAGGACGAGGAGGACGAGGAGGAGGAGGAAGAAGAGGAGGAGGAGGAUGAAGAAGAGGAAGAGGAAGAGGAGGAGGAGGAAGAGGAAGAGGAGGAGGAAGAGGAAGAGGAGGAGGAGGAGGCAGCUCCUGAUGUGAUCUUUCAGGAAGACACCUCUCACACCUCUGCCCAGAAGGCCCCUGAGCUCCGGGGCCCAGAAUCACCCAGUCUCAAGCCUGAGUACUCUGUUAUUGUGGAGGUCCACUCGGAUGAUGACAAGGAUGAGGACACCCACUCCCAGAAGUCAACAGUCACUGACGAGUCGGAGAUGCAUGACAUGAUGACCCGGGGAAACCUGGGCCUCCUGGAGCAGGCCAUUGCCCUGAAGGCUGAACAGGUGCGCACAGUCUGCGAGCCAGGCUGCCCACCUGCCGAGCAGAGCCAGCUGGGCCUGGGAGAGCCAGGAAAGGCAGCAAAGCCCCUGGACACUGUACGGAAGAGCUACUACAGUAAAGAUCCUUCAAGAGCUGAGAAGCGUGAGAUCAAGUGUCCAACACCAGGCUGUGAUGGCACUGGCCACGUUACCGGGUUGUACCCUCACCACCGCAGCCUUUCUGGCUGUCCCCACAAGGAUAGGAUCCCCCCAGAGAUCCUAGCCAUGCAUGAGAACGUGCUGAAGUGCCCCACUCCUGGCUGCACGGGCCAGGGUCACGUGAACAGCAACCGCAACACACACAGAAGUUUGUCUGGGUGUCCCAUUGCUGCCGCCGAAAAAUUAGCCAAAUCCCAUGAGAAGCAGCAGCCGCAGACAGGAGAUCCUUCCAAGAGUAGCUCCAAUUCCGAUCGGAUCCUCAGGCCCAUGUGCUUCGUGAAGCAGCUCGAGGUCCCUCCAUAUGGGAGCUACCGGCCCAACGUGGCCCCUGCCACACCCAGGGCCAACUUGGCCAAGGAGCUGGAGAAGUUCUCCAAGGUCACCUUUGACUACGCAAGUUUCGAUGCUCAGGUUUUUGGCAAACGCAUGCUUGCCCCAAAGAUUCAGACCAGCGAAACCUCACCUAAAGCCUUUCAAUCCAAACCUUUCCCAAAGGCCUCUUCCCCCAGGCACAGCCCCUCCAGUAGUUAUGUGAGGAGCACUUCAUCCUCUUCUGCAGGCUUUGACUACUCGCACGACGCCGAGGCUGCACACAUGGCUGCCACUGCCAUCCUGAACCUCUCCACGCGCUGCUGGGAGAUGCCUGAGAACCUCAGCACGAAGCCACAGGACCUCCCCAGCAAGUCUGUGGAUAUUGAGGUAGACGAAAAUGGAACCCUGGACUUGAGCAUGCACAAACACCGCAAACGAGAAAAUGCUUUCCCCAGCAGCAGCAGCUGCAGCAGCAGCCCCGGUGUGAAGUCUCCCGACGCCUCCCAGCGCCAGAGCAGCACCAGCGCCCCCAGCAGCUCCAUGACCUCUCCCCAGUCCAGCCAGGCCUCCCGCCAGGAUGAGUGGGACCGGCCCCUGGACUACACCAAGCCUAGCCUCCUGAGAGAGGAGGAACCUGAGGAGUCAGAGCCAGCAGCCCAUUCUUUUGCUUCUUCUGAAGCAGAUGACCAGGAAGUGUCGGAAGAGAAUUUUGAGGAGCGGAAGUAUCCGGGGGAAGUCACCCUGACCAACUUUAAGCUGAAGUUUCUCUCCAAGGACAUAAAGAAGGAGCUGCUCACCUGUCCCACCCCUGGCUGUGACGGCAGCGGCCACAUCACCGGGAACUACGCCUCCCACCGCAGCCUCUCUGGUUGCCCUCUUGCUGACAAGAGCCUCAGAAACCUCAUGGCUGCCCACUCUGCUGACCUCAAGUGCCCCACGCCCGGCUGCGACGGCUCUGGCCACAUCACAGGGAACUACGCUUCACAUCGGAGCUUGUCCGGCUGCCCUCGUGCAAAGAAAAGUGGAGUCAAGGUGGCACCCACCAAGGACGACAAGGAGGACCCUGAGCUGAUGAAGUGCCCAGUUCCAGGCUGUGUGGGGCUCGGUCACAUCAGCGGGAAAUACGCCUCUCACAGGAGCGCAUCCGGCUGCCCACUGGCCGCCCGCAGGCAGAAGGAAGGUUCCCUCAAUGGCUCAUCAUUCUCCUGGAAGUCCCUGAAGAACGAAGGACCGACCUGCCCCACCCCGGGCUGUGACGGCUCUGGCCACGCCAAUGGGAGUUUCCUCACCCACCGGAGUUUGUCAGGCUGUCCCAGAGCAACCUUUGCUGGAAAGAAGGGAAAACUGUCAGGGGAUGAGGUCCUCAGUCCAAAGUUCAAGACUAGCGAUGUGUUGGAGAAUGAUGAGGAGAUCAAGCAGCUGAACCAGGAGAUCCGAGACCUGAACGAGUCCAACUCGGAGAUGGAGGCUGCCAUGGUGCAGCUGCAGUCCCAGAUCUCCUCCAUGGAGAAGAACCUGAAGAACAUCGAGGAGGAGAACAAGCUCAUUGAGGAGCAGAAUGAAGCCCUGUUUCUGGAGCUGUCCGGCCUGAGCCAGGCCCUCAUCCAAAGUCUCGCCAAUAUCCGCCUUCCGCACAUGGAGCCAAUAUGCGAACACAAUUUUGAUGCCUAUGUGAGCACCCUCACCGACAUGUACUCCAACCAGGACCCAGAGAACAAGGACCUCCUGGAGAGCAUCAAGCAGGCUGUGAGGGGCAUCCAGGUCUAGGCCGUGUGGUACCCAGAAGUGUCCCAGCCCACCACACCGUUUACCUCCCCCGCCCUGCCCCGCACCGUGGGGAUGCCCAACUCACAGUGACUUUCCGUUUGCGGCCCGGUGUGGCCUUGGGCGGGUUUAUCCAAAGGGAUGGCUGGAAAUCGGCCUCUCCCACGAGGCUCCCUCCAGGCUUGGGGCUGUGGUGGCCCUAUCCGUGUGCAUAGGGGCGCUGAAGAAUUACAAAGUGAUUUAUUUUUGUUUUCUGAAAGAAAUCUGAAGAGCAGCUCAAAGUCUCCAGUGGAAGCUCAUGGACAAGGUUCUCAGGGAAGUUUUGGAGUUUGCAACCACAGUAUUCCUUUGUCUGUCGAGGCUGGGCGGGUGGUGUGAGUGGCAUCUUGGCCUGGAGGACAUGCCUGGGGCAGCGUGUCUGUGCUCAGUGAGGGCCGCUGAAGAAAGUGCGUUUUCUGUUUUCAUUUAAUUCAGUUUUGUGUUAAGGGUGGAACAAAGCUCUGUCCCAGAGGGAAAGUUAGGAAUAGGCCUCCCAGAGGACACUCCAGACAGUUGACAAGCAUCGCAGCCCCUGUCAGGUCAAGGAAUUUUAACCUGGGAGACUCCUGAAAAUCAGCCUAAUGUCUGGGGGCAGCUGGCGCUGAGGCUGUGCAGAUGUGUAUGGCCUUGGGUCACAGCUUCCUACUGGGGCUGCAGCCUUUAGACCCUGGGUCUGGGAUCCAUGUCCAGGGACCACUCUGGCUUCUGUGCAUCCACCCAGGCCCCCGACCCAUCACUGCCACAUAAUCCGGGUCAUGGCCGAGCUUGACCUCUGCAUCCGUGGUGACGGAGGUGGCAAUGACAUCAUCAAGGUCAGAGGGUAAAUUCCUAACAGGAGACCACAAAGGUUUCACUUCUUUUAGAUCCAUCCAAUAUGCGAAAAAAGGGUACAUUUUAAUUUAAUGUGUUAAAAACACAAUGUUCCUACUGUGUAAAUAGAAUCCAAGUCAAUUGUGACUGCAAUUCCAAGUUAGUAUUUAAAAAUAGGGAAAUUGCACUUCCUGGAAAAAAUUAAAAAGUAGUUAGUUUAAUUAUUCUGUAAAUUAUUUAAUUUUGUCAAGAUGUAAGUAUUUAUAUUCACAGCCUCUUAUGUUAACGUUUGCUAUUUAUUUAACAUUUUUAUUUAUUAAUUUUAUACUAUUUCAACUAGACCCCACACCAGGGCACCCUAAGAGGGGAAAAAAGUGAAUUCAAAGCAAAAAUAACUAUUUGAGUAUAAUAUAGGCCACAAAAAAUCUUGAUAUAACUCCUAGUUAUAAUUUUGAUGCAACCAAGUUAUUUUUUAUAUAUUUUGUUAUUUAUUCUUUUAAUAAUGGAAUUUUUUUAAAAAGUAUUUUGUAACUGAGGAAUUUUGAUAAUUUGGGGAUUUCGUUUUCCCUUGGUCUAAUGGAGAGAAAGACAUUUUGGUUUUCUUUUUCCAUUUUGGGUUCCUUUUGUUUCAGGCACGGAUAACAGCAAAUGGAAUUCUGUAUUUAUUAUUAUUUAAGUGUAGCGCAGAUGUGUGUGCUUGGGCGUGUUUCUCGUGUCGCGUUUGCGUGUCGGCUCUUGCGGUGGAGUCCUGUUGCUGUGAGGGAGUGCUGGCCGCAGGCAGCCUCGAGUCGCCGCCGGGCUCACAGGCUGUGCCACCCGUCCCUCCGACAGCUCCAAUACUGUGACCUUCCUUCCUCAGGAAACGCGUUGAACCCACAGCACUCUGUGGUGUGUUUGAGGGUGAUUUCCUAAUAAAAGUCCAC